AGAAGACCUGCUCAGUGGAAUAGGUAUGUGCUCUUCAUUCCAGGAAGGAUGAUCACAUCGAUUGUGUAUACAUUGGCUCAUCACCCCUUUACAUUGCUGCUACCUUACCCUUGUUUUGUCAUACACUGGAUGUACAAAGGAACAGCCGUACCGUCCCUACAUGCAUGGAGAGAUGCAAAAGAGGGAGGGAAAGGAGCUAGGGAGGAGGAAGGUAUUUUCUAAUCUUACAUCAAUCCAUGUUCUGUGUCUUCUACCUCACUCGGAGGGCAGCUUUUUUGUAGGAUGCAGACUCUAGGCAUUUACCGAGAAUAUUUUCUCUACUGAGAAGACUCAAAUAAAUUCUGAGCACUAAAGGUGUCAUGGUGGCCUCUUGCUGGAAGUUUAUGGCUUAAAGUCGGACUGGGUUAGUCGGCAGACCCUGGAAAUGUGACUCUGACAAGUGCAAGCUUAACGAAUUGCCGGAAGGAUGGCAUGGAGCGGCAAAAAGUGCUCAAUCUAAGCUUUCAUAGCCAAUAGAUCGGUUUAAUGUCAGCACCACACUGGGUACCGUCGUGUAAAGGUCUGAAAAGGCCUGAAAAGGCCUAAAUGAUUUCUUAUUGGGUACACACCCGUGACAAGAUCUGCCUGCUCAUUUCACAACCCCCUUGCGAUAGUCAGGAGGUUUUGCGUUGCCUCCUCGCCCAAAUGGCGUAAUAGCAUCGCAGUAGCAUCUUUCUGUUGGCUAGUAGUAUCCGUUGUACAAGGCUAUGGAGUCCUGUAUCCAUACAAAUGAGUACAAGUGAGCGUAAGUGAGGGUUGCGCAUAGUUGAUAUCACCUGUAAUAAUAAUCUGUAAAACAAAUCGGACCAUGUCAAACAAUACUCAUACUAUUCC